GUUGCAAAAAUGAAUAAAAUGGAAGAGGAGAUGCUGGCGAGCGAGCGUUUAAUUUCAAUUUAUAAGGAAGCAAGUGAGGAUGCAGAAAAGCAAUUAAAAGAAAUUACUUUAGACUUUGAAGAGCGUGGAAGAUUAUUGGCACAAAUGAAAAUAGGUAAGGUUAUUAUUUUAAAGGUCGAAAGCAUUUCAUAUUUCAGUCUUCAUUUUUGUUUAGUAUCACUGACCGAUGAUGAAAUUGCUGCGAUGUCACCAACAGCAGCGGCAGCAUCAUUACUUAUAAAAAGUGGAGUAUCACUUACUGGCAUUUACAAAGAGCAUUGUCGUGUUAUUGCAGAACUGGAAGAAGCAAAGCUUGAAAACAAACGAAUUGAAGGAUAUCUUCGUGAAUUAGUUGAUGAUAUCGAACAUAAAGCACCAUUGUUGGCGCAGCAACGUUUUGAAUUUGACAAAAUGACUAAUAUUUGUAGCAAUCUAACUACGCAGCUAGAAACAGCGGAUGAAGAUAAGCAACGGCUACUGUCUUCGCGUGAUGCGAUAGCUCGCGAACUUGCAUAUACUAGAGCUGAGCUUGAACGUUGUCAACGGGAUAAUGAGGAUCUAAAUAGACAGGUGCGUCAUUUAUUGCACACUAUUGAAAUAGAUAAAGUGUCUGGCCGUGAUGCAGAUUCGCCACCAAUAAGUGCUGAAGAUCGAGAUAUUCUCUGGUCUUCUAUUGGUCAGCUUCAGCAAGCAAAUCAAAAACUUAUGUCUGAUUUACGCGAAACAAAAAUAAAUCAAGAUAAAAUGGUUCAAGAAGCAAAUAGCGCAGAGUGGGUUUUCAAAAUUUUCAUUUAG